CGGACGAGUGGCAUGCGGGCAGCAACUGAAAUGAUUUAAACAACGAACAUCAUAGCGGAACGGCAUGCGGCAUGACCUCAUUGCCCGGACCACCCUGCAGAUGAAGUGGCUGUCUGAUUCGUGCCAUCGGAUGGCACGAGCAAAAGAAGAAAAAAACAGCUUGAACAUCAGGUGAUCCUAUGGGGCUGGGCUCCUGCAGCUGCCGACCGGGCGGCGGUCAACGAAAAAAAAAAACCCCAUCCUGAGUUUGGUUUGAGAGAAGUAAAGGAAGAAAUGAUAGAAAGUAAUGCUGUAUUGUUGUAUGUAAGUAAAAUGGGUAUGUAUGUACGGAUCCUUACUUGCACUCCAAACGAAUGCAAGGCUCACUCACUCACUCAACUCACUGCUCGUUCCUGAUGUCAGAUCGAUAUCCAUCAAUAAUGUGGGAGACAUUCGAGAAGCUCGGAUUACAAGGAAAAGAAAACCAGAUUUCGAGUCAAUUGUGGCUGAUGGGCUGGAACUCCGCCCACGGUUGUCUCGGCUUUCCAUGAUGUACUAUGAUGUAUACGACGUUGAACCCCAUGUUUUCUGCCCUCGGAAACCGAAUGUCCAUGAUGCAACAAGAAGCGAAGCGGGGACAAAUGCUUCUGUUACUUUCUUGCUUGCUUCGAGACAUCGAAGGUUAGCUGUCACCUCCUCCAAUCCGUUGUAGGGUACCCCCCCUAUGCAUCCCUGACGUUGAAUAUCUCAACCAAAUUGAAGUAGUGAUGAUGAUGAUCUUUCUGGUCCAAGCCACGGCUCGGCGUCGGGCGGUGGUCGCGUUGUGUUGGCCCAAGCUUAUGCCGAUCCACUCACGGCCAGGCAACCGUCAACUCUCAGCCAUCA